CAGACGGACUCAGACAGACGGACACUGAUGCUGAUGUCAACGGGAGGAAACACAACGGUAACGCAGAGCAGGAGUGUCGUGCACGAGCAGGAGUGUGCACGGUAACGCACGGUAACGCAGAGCAGGAGUGUCGUGCACGAGCAGGAGUGUGCACGGUUACGCACGCUAACGCAGAGCAGGAGUGUCGUGCACGAGCAGGAGUGUGCACGGUUACGCACGGUAACGCAGAGACAGUAACUUCCAGCAGCAGCGGUGCAGAGCUCCGGUCUGCGCGGAUCUGUGGAGCUGUGGGGAGCAGAGGUGGCUGGAAACCUUCGGACAGAGAUGGAGUUUUCUGACGACUUCCUGCUGGCCGAGCUGGGUCACCUGCAGCUCUACAACGACUCGUUCUUUCAGAACAACUUCACCGGUGGCUACAACGAGACGGAAGCUUUACUGCCAAUGGGGGUGAAGGUCACCAUCGUGGUCGUCUACAUGAUCGUCUGUGUCAUCGGCCUGGUGGGAAACUUCCUGGUCAUGUAUGUCAUCAUAAGAUACACGAAGAUGAAGACGGCCACGAAUAUCUACAUCUUCAACCUGGCUCUGGCUGACUCUCUGUUCCUCGCUACGCUCCCGUUCCAGGGCACCGACGUGUUCCUGGGCUUCUGGCCGUUUGGCAACACGCUGUGUAAAGUGGUGGUGUCGAUCGACUACUACAACAUGUUCACCAGCACCUUCACCCUGACGGUGAUGAGCAUGGACCGCUACGUGGCCGUCUGCCACCCGGUCAAGGCUCUGGACAUGAGGACGCCUCACAAGGCCAAGGUGGUGAACAUCUGUGUGUGGGUGUUGGCUUCGGCUUUUGGGAUUCCAGCCAUGGUCAUGGGAAAUAUAGAAGAAGAGCAGGAGCACAACAGUGUUGAGUGCAUCAUGGUUUUACCUGAACCAAGGAGUCACUGGGAUCCCGUGUUCGGCACCUGUGUCUUCUUCUUCUCCUUCCUCAUCCCUGUGGCUAUUAUCAGCAUCUGCUACAGCCUGAUGGUCAAGCGCCUACGCAGCGUCCGCAUCCUGUCCGGCUCCAAGGAAAAGGACCGCAACCUGCGGCGCAUCACCAGGAUGGUUCUGGUGGUGGUGGCAGCCUUCGUGGUGUGUUGGACGCCCAUCCAGAUCAUGGUCCUGGCUCAGUCGCUGGGUUUCAACCUGAGCAGCUUGUUCACACUGGUCCUGAUGCACUUCUGCAUCGCGCUGGGCUACGUCAACAGCAGCUUGAAUCCGGUGCUCUAUGCUUUCCUGGAUGAGAACUUCAAGCGCUGCUUCCGCGAGUUCUGCCUCCCGUCACCGUUCCGCCUCGACACCCAGCAGUCAGGCAGGAUGAGGAGCAUUGCCAGGGAGGUGGCAGCCGCCUACAGCUGCAAGGCUGGAGAUGGUGGGGGGCUUGGUGGAGGGACACCUAAUCCUGCAUGACUAGGCGUGGAGCUCCCCUUGGUGGGGGUAGACCCCCAGCAGAGGAGAGAGAUGCAGGGCACAGGGAACUCCAACACAGAAUUAACUCAGAUUACAGCUCUCUAGCGGCACGAGCCCUCCCGCCCCCCGACUAGAAGACUUGCCUGGGGCGGGGGGGAGGGAGAUGAAGAGGAUGAGGCCGAAAGGAAAAGGAUUUAGGAACAAAGAUGGGUAGAGUACUGGGGAUGAUGGAGGGAUACGUUGAAACCUUGGGUAGGAAAGUGCCAGAACAAGCUGAUCCUGCAUCUCGAGCCUCUGAUGUGAUGAUGGAGCAACAGAUGGAGAAGCCUUGAUGGAUGUAAACAUGAUGUCAUCGGACUUUUACCUAUCUGUGAUACCAAAUCUCUGAAACCACCAUGUGCUGCUUGGGUGCUUGUAGAAAGACUGUCUAUCUGGUGUGAACUGGUUUCAUGUUCCUUCAUCAGUGGCUUAAAGCAGCUAACAGAAAGUCUUUAUUAUCUGCUGAUCUCAUAUCAGGCCUCUGACAGGCCAACUCAAUGUGACAUGAUAUUUGAAAUAAGAAGUUGGAUGUAAACAUUAGUAUCGGAAAAAGAAUAACGUGCCACAAGCUCCUCUUGAACAAUAUUUCCUAAGCUGUGUCUCGACCCAGAGAGGGUCACGUGAAUGUUAUUUCUCAUAGGAGCAACAUUUCUAACGUCCUGAAGUGAAAUAAUUCUAAGAAUUCUUUUCCUAAAACCGAUUCUUAGAGUUUUUGUGAUUUUUAAAAACUUUCUAUCAUCACCUGUGGGCUGUUGAAAUGCAGAGUUGUUAGUGAGGGAAGCUUUGAACCUAAAGGAGAGAUUCAAACACACGAGAGAUUCAGUGGAAUAUUUCUCUUCUUGCUGUGACGGUUCCUGUUUGUGCUGCGUCGACAUGUGAAAUAUGAAUCAUCCUGAAUCCAAACACAAAUCCUCCUGCAUGAAAUAACAUAACCUGGUAAAAAAAAAAGGUAAAAGCUGUUUCUGUUAUUUGCUACGAGCACGAAGAUAAGAUGCCUUAAAAUUCACCAGGAAAUCUGAAUUAGUCAGAUAAAUCAAGUGAUUAAUGAUUGUGAGUUCUUAAAUAGAAUAAAGAUUAAAAACAA